ACACUCACUUGCCUCUCCGACAGCUCAUACUGUAUCGUACGUCUUCACUCUUUGGUGAGGAACUACAAACAUCAGUCACUUUCACUCCCUCUGAGACAGAGAAUAACAAAUUGUGUGAAGUCAUAUCAUUGGGGGUCAUGUGACGUUCUCGCGUUCCACAGAACGUCACGACGCAUGCAGCUACCGACUAGUGGAAAAUGAAUUUGAGGCGGAAUGAAACUCGAGCGCGUGAACACAACGUUACAAUAACUUCGUAAAAACGACUGAUCCGAGCUCAGGGGCUCGAUCAUGACUCAUGGCAACGACUGCUGUACAACAGCAGAGGAUGGAGCAGAGAGUGACCAGCAGCAGCCUCUCAUCCUGGAAAGGGUGGAGAAAGAAGCGGGGAAAAGCUGUAAAACCGUUGUGUUACAGCGGCUGAAGAAACACUGCUCCUGCACCCCAAAGAAGGCAAAAUCCAAAAUACUGGGCUUUUUCCCCAUUCUAAAAUGGCUGCCACGCUACCAGCUGAGGGACUGGCUUCUGGGUGACGUGAUGUCAGGACUGAUUGUUGGGAUCCUGUUGGUGCCCCAGUCCAUAGCGUACUCCUUAUUGGCCAGUCAGGACCCCAUAUAUGGUCUCUACACCUCGUUCUUCUCCUCCAUUAUCUACGCCGUCUUAGGCAGCUCCAGACACAUCUCGGUAGGGAUUUUCGGGGUGCUCUGCCUGCUCGUGGGCCAGGUCGUGGACAGGGAGUUAGCUCUGGCAGGAUACCUCACAGAGAGCAGCAUCAGUAGUAACAACAGCGCCGUCCUGCUGGCUGUCCAGGGGAAUGGCAGCGUGGGGGUACAAUGUGACAGAAGCUGCUAUGCAAUCACAGUGGGAGCUACAGUUACUUUUACUGCUGGAGUUUACCAGGUGCUGAUGGGAAUUUUCCAGGUAGGCUUCGUCUCCGUCUACCUCUCCGACUCUCUUCUCAGUGGCUUCGCUACAGGAGCCUCCCUGACCAUCCUCACCUCCCAGUUCAAGUACCUACUGGGUCUGAAGAUCCCCAGACCUCAGGGCUGGUUCACUUUAUUCAAGACCUGGUACAGCAUACUCACCAACCUGGGGAACACAAACAUUUGUGACCUGGUGACCAGUUUGGUGUGUUUGCUGAUACUGAUACCGGCCAAGGAGCUCAACGAUCGUUUCAAAGCCAAGCUGAAGGCCCCGAUUCCCUUUGAGCUCUUCGUGGUGAUAAUCGCGACACUGGCUUCUCACUUUGGCCACUUCAACACAGACUAUGGUUCAGGCGUGGCCGGCGACAUCCCCACAGGCUUCCUCCCUCCCCAGCUGCCCUCAUGGUCUCUGAUUCCCAACGUGGCCGUCGACGCCUUCUCCAUAGCCAUCGUGGGAUUCGCCAUCACCGUCUCGCUGUCAGAAAUGUUCGCCAAGAAGCACGGCUACAAGGUGGACGCCAACCAGGAGAUGUACGCCAUCGGCUUCUGCAACAUCCUACCAUCGUUCUUCCGCUGCUUCACCACCAGCGCUGCUCUGACCAAGACCCUCGUCAAGGAGUCGACAGGGAUGCAGACUCAGAUGUCGGGUCUGGUCAGCGCCCUCGUCCUGCUGCUGGUGCUUCUGGUGAUCGCACCGCUCUUCUAUUCCCUUCAGAAGUGUGUCCUCGCCGUCAUCAUAGUGGUCAACCUCCGUGGCGCUCUACGAAAGUUCACCGACAUUCCGCGGAUGUGGCGCAUCAACCAUGUGGAUACCUCCAUCUGGCUGGUCACCAUGUUGACCUCGUCGCUGGUCAACACAGAGCUAGGUCUCCUCGUCGGGGUUUUGGUGUCGGCCUUUUGCGUCCUGGGCCGAACCCAGCAAGUCCAGGUCCUGGAGCUGGGCCGUGCAACGACUAGGGAACAUUACGAGGACCUGUCUUCUUACCGCGGCCUUCAAACGCAUCCAGGAGUGGCCGUUUUCAGAUACGAGGCUCCGCUCUACUACGCCAACCAGAGCAUGUUCAAAAAGUCUCUCUACAAGUGCGUGGGGCUUGACCCCGUGAAGGAGAAAACACGGCGUUUGAAGAUCAAGAAGAAGAAGAGCAAACAGCAGGAGGGAGUCGCAGACGCCACAAACAUGAAGUCAGAGAAGGAGGAUGAAGCUACUGCGACUGUAACGCUGAUGCCUGAUGAGAAAUCCAGCUUACGCAGCAUAGUGAUAGACUGUAGUGCCGUUUUGUUUCUGGAUACCGCUGGAGUGAAUGCUCUGAAGGAGGUCCGCAAAGAUUACGGAGAACUCGGGGUCAAGGUUGUCCUGGCCCAGUGUAAUACCUCAGUACUGGACACUCUGGAACGAGGGGGAUACUACCCCGACAAAAAAGGAAGCGAUGGAGGGGAGAGCAGAAUCGUUUUCUUUACCAUCGCAGACGCCGUCCGCUACGUCCAAAGCCUUUCUGCUCCCAACGGAGACUGUGACACCAAACACUAAAAAGAUAAUCUGUCCAAAUAUCUAUGUUUACAUGUACGCAGUGGACAUCUCAGUUUAUUGUUGCCUAUGUGCCUUGUCUACAGUGAUGGCAGUACUUAUGUAGGAUAAAAGCCAAAGUACUUGUACAUUGUAAAAACUGAACCUUUGCAUCAGUCCUUGGCUUUGAGACACAUUUCUCUUUUGCACACCCAAAUACGGUUAUUUAAAGCUUAAUUAAAGUUGUAUCAUAGCUCAAUUUGGAAUAAUGACCGUGUAAAUGAAAAAUUUGAUUCCACAAUUAAAGGUCCUACGAUUGAAUCACAGCCAGAGUGACAACAAACUUUUAUUUUAGCCUCACAGCCAGGACCAUAGUCAACUAAAAUUAAAUGUAAUUCUCCCCGCGCAUAAUUUCUAAUCCUGAAAAAACUGUGAAGUGUAGGUUUCACUGUGAUUGGUUAUUGUUGGGUCGGUUAUGUGCAAAAAAAGUGAAAGUUUGUCAUAAAGAAACUCAGCUUUGAGGGGAACUUUUACUUUCAGAAUGAAUUGAAGUUUGCAGCUUCUCGAGUUACUGUUUGAAAUGUCUUGCUGUUAAAUUAAAUUAAAUGUCUACAAUCACACGUUAUCCUUAAAAUAUUUAUUUUGUAAGAAAUAGUCUGAACGUGAAUGUACUCGUAACUAAUUCAGUUUUCUCUCCUACCAGCAAUAAUGGAGGGAAAGGUUUUUCUAUUGUUUUGUCUUGUGGGAAAGAUUUGCUCGUGUUUACAAAGCCAUUAAGUAAUAAAUUAACACUGAUCUUUAAAAGGAAUGGGAGAUAAGUUAGAGGUAAGCCUGGGUGGAGCAAACACCUGCCGAGCCUUCAUGUAUCUAAACUGCAGUGCCUUUAACAACGCCUACACUGUACAAAAUGUAUAUAUCGAAAAUGUUUUCACAUCAGGUCAUUUAACAUGUGAAUGUCACCUUUACUGGUGUAACUGGACGACUUUAUUUCUUUUCCUACAUUAGUUGAUGACUCACGCUCUUGUUACCAAAACUUUUUUAUGUCGGUAGAACAAAGAUCAUGUUUUUGAAGUGGAGCAUUUUUUAAAAUAACUUUAUGGGUCAGAACUGAAUGUGCUACAUUGAUGUACUACUUUAUAAUGUUUGUGUGCAAACCAUGUUUGCUGAGGGUGACAACAUUACUGACGUAGCUUUAGCCUAGUCGUCAGCUGGGUGAUGAAUGGGGUUGGAGUUUGAAGAACUGUUCUGUAAUGAAUGCCGCAUGAGAUUUACAUCAAAAUAGCCUUCUUGAGUUUGUUUUGUUGAAUUGUGCCAGACGGACCUCAUGAUCAUUUUCUGUGUGUGGAAGAGAAUGUCUAAUCAAACUAACAACAGGAAAUCAUGCAAAACACACCUCUAAAAUCAAGCUUUUCUUAAUUAUAGGGUCCAUUUCUCUUUACUUUUGUGACGCCUAGGAAGCUCAGGGCCGACUCCAUGACAAUAUGUAAGAGCCAAAGGUGUGAAUAUUAAUGUUCUGUUUCAAACAAAAAAAAGAAAGAAAGAAAAACAGGAUAUUCUUGUUUUAAACGGCAGCAGCAAGUUUAAAAAACAGGUUAUUCAGGAGACCUUUCAUCAGGACAAAUACUGUCAUGGGGGAUUGAAUCUGGUCAUCUGAGUCCAAACAUACUACUCAGUCCUCACUACAGCCUUUCAUGAAAACUAUUUUUAAAGUGGACUUAGGUUUAGAAAACAAAGGCAAAAACAGCCAUCAUCUUUAAACCGGAGUGUAAAAGUCUCUUUCACACAGAAACAUAAGAGAGAUGAACUAAUACGUUUGUAGCUUUAGUUGUUUCUGAAACCAAACUUCUGCAUUAAACGACACUGUAGCACUUAAAACGGUUACAAACUACAUAUUAAUACACUGAGUAGUUACAUGUAUGAAGUUCAAACUGUUGUAACUUUUGUAGCAUUUUGCAGUAUAUAGUAGUUUUUUGUAUCUAUGCAUAGUAGCAGUCUACCUACAUGAGGUUUUGGGGGUUUACAGUAGCUUUUAUCUGCUUUUUGUUCUGAAACUAAACUGAAUGCAUAUGUAAAUGUUUAAAUUCAGGACUUUUUUUUUGUUUUUUUCUUACUUAUUAUUUCCUGUAUAUGUUUAUAUCACUGCGGCUGACCAUCCCAUCAUUAAAAAUAUUUACAUUUAUUACAAAAAGAUAAAAUAUGGUAGUGUUUUUUCUUCUUUACUGUUAUUAGGUUACAUACAUUUUAAUAUAUGCUUCUAUACAUAUCAUAAUAUAUUAAAUAUAUAUCGUAAGGACAAGGAUAUGUGCCUAAAUAACACAGUAAUAUGGAUUUCUUUACAUAUUACGUGAAGGUGUUCACGCUUAAUCCGCUGUUUGGAUUCUGUGGGUAAAGCAACAACCUGUUUAACUGAAUUUAUGUCUAUAAUUUGUUAUUUAUGGAGUAUCAAAGCCCUGUUAGCGCCAGGUCUGUACAUGUAAAUCAUACAUGCAACUGUACAAAUACGAGUUAGGUUAACUGUCACCAGCUGAACGUCACUGUGUGACAAUUACAAACUGUUAAGCAGGAAUGUUGUUAUGUUAAAAUGGAAAUGUUAGGACUUGCACAGUCCAUACACGUGUUUUCAACACUCACACCCCACCCAUUUAAAUAACAGCCUCCACAGUCCAGCUGAAAAGACUUAUUGAGCUGGAGCUCAGGGAAACGGCCACAACCCACCUCACUGCAAUAUGUCACUGUAAGUUCAUGUUUGUAUAAGAUGUACUCACUGUUUACUUAUUUGAACUCAAUCAAUAAUUUCAUCUCUAGUAGUGAUCUCAAAUUCUGGCAGUGUUUCAGGGCUUUGAUACUGAUUCUUUCUGACCCUUUUCCUCCUCUGUUGCCUAGUUUAAUUAAUUCAUAAUAAAAAUACAAGCGUGGUUUAA